AUGGUAGGUACCUACGUAUCCAUGUAGGUACGCGCCGACUGUGAAAGUCGGAAGAGCCUCGACUCUCCCUUUUCCUCUCCCUCCCUCUUCCCUCUUCCCUCGUCGCCUCUCUGUCGCACCCUCGAGCGUGAAACUGCGCGCGACCUUUCUUCUUCGAUCCUCUUCUCUCUCUCUCUCUCUCUCUCUCUCUCUCUCUCUCGAUCUCGCUCGCGGCGACCGACUUUGCCUGCUCGUCGUUUGACGUUAUUUUAAUUGAAGCGAGCGACGAACGAUUCGUCUUUGAAUUUUUUCAAAGGAAUUGUUUCUCGGUGGAUUGGAAAACCAAGUGAACCAAGUAAACGGCGAUACGCGUGUAUGUAUGGGUACGCGAUCGAUCGAUCGAUCGAUCGUCCGUGUGGUUGCAUUUCGCAAAAUCGCAAGCCGUGCGCUGUCGCUGGUAUGGCGCGUUGCGAUCGAAUAUCGAUCGCGAGAUUAAGUCAUCGAACGUGCACGAGUACGUGGAGACGGUAUUUCGUAAUCUCGGUACGGCAGUUGUUUGCAAAGUAACGACAGCAAAGUAACCGAUGCGAUUGUUUUGGUGGUGUUACAGAUUCGGUGGCACAGACGAUUACCUUGACGAUCCUCGCGUUCUUCCUGAGUUCUUCGGGUCUGAAUACGGUUUCAGGUGCACCUAGUUACGGCCUCCGCACCGCCGCCGUCUCUAACGCGAAUAACAUGGACCGGUGGCUACAACCUUGCGGUAAUCCGGUGGCCAUGCAGUUCAAGAGGAUGCCGCAGAGGCACAGCGUUCACAGAACGUUGAAGAGGGUACGGACGCAGCUCCGAGUUGCCCAGAAUCAUUUCAGAAUGCACCUGAAGGAUGUACAGGAGAUAUACUCGAAGGUGUACAAAGUGCUGAAGGGGCAGUACAGAAUGCCGUGGCUGCCAGAGAAGGAGUUCGAGUGGUAUUCGAGGGAGGUUUGGUGCCUGGAAAAGGGGAAGAAAGCUGACCGUGCGCUUCCACAUCUUCACGAUUCGCUGCAAAGGUUCGCCAUCACGUUUUAUCAUCUGCGAGCUUUCCGCCUCAAGUCGAACAUUAACGUUGACCUCACGAUGAACAGGAGGAACGAGAUCAUCAAUCAGAUGCACAACGAGAUUCUCAAGGUGCUGUGCGAAGUGGAAACGGCCAUCUUGAACCUGGGCUUGCAAGUUCCCACAGCGCACACCGCGAAAAUCGUGACGGAAAGUUCGAACUGGGCGAAGGAGGGCGACUUGACGUUGAUGUUGAUACAAGAUUGGGGCGUGAUCCGAUUGUAUCAGACGUUCCUGAACGCCUGGACGAAAGCGUUCCGUGACGCGACCGCACCUGGCCCGGGCACUUGCGAUCCUAACAGGCCGAAUCCAGGAGCUAAGAACAUUAACAAAGGCUCUGGGCCAAAGGGUAAAAGGAUAUCGAAGAUUAAGAAGCAAAAAAGGCCAGUUAGGAAGCACUCGCAGGCCACUGGCCAGAAUAGUUCCUUGCCUCAGGGGCCGAGAAAGGGUAUUCCGAGGAACAGACUGUUGAGAAACAAACAAAAGAAGCUCGCGAGAAUCUGA